UGACAAAGGGGAAACCACAGAAGAAAGAAGAAAUGCAAGCCUGAGAGAGCUACAGUCCUUGUCUGACUUGAGAAUAUUAGAAAUUUAUAUACCAGAUGCAAAGCUAUUGCCAAGAAGCCCACUCUUUACUGAUCUGACGCAGUACAAGAUACAGAUAGGUGAUAAUGCCUGGUGGAGCAUGUUCCCAUUCCGAAAGCAUUUGUUAUUGAAACUCGACAAUAUUAUUGCUUUAGAUGGUGGGGUUAGUAAGCUAUUGAAAUGUACUGAACUUCUAAGUUUAAAAGGGAAGGGCUCAUGGAAUGUGGUGCACGAGUUGGUUAAAGAUGGUGCCCAACACUUGAAGGAGUUAUCAAUCGAGUCUUGUGAUAUGCUUUUGUGUCUUGCUGAUACAAUGGAUUUAUCAGUUGAUUCCUUGAUGCUAUUUUCCCUAUAUUGGAGUCAAUAAAACUCGAUGAUUUGGGUAGGUUAAAACAGAUAUGUCAUGGCCAACUUCCAGCAGCAUCCUUUUCAAAACUAAGAACAUUAACACUACGACUCUUACCUUCUUUGACGCAUUUCUUGGUGGAGGAUCCAGCUCAAACUACUGUCUCCCUCCAUAAUCUAAGAUUCAUUGAGUUAUAUGGUUGUAAUUGCUUGCGAAAUCUCUUUUCAUUGUCAAUGGCAAGAGAACUUGUGCAACUCCAAGAACUUCGUAUAUCGAAAUGUGCUAUGAUUAGAGAAGUUAUUUGGAAAGGAAGACAAGAAGAUGGGCAUGCAACCAACAAGAUUGAAUUCCCCCGUUUAGAAUAUAUGUCACUUAGACAACUAGAAGGCCUCACUGGUUUCAGCUUAGGAAUUGACAAGAUUGAGUUCCCUCAACUGAAGACCUUGCACAUCAAAAAUCUACCAAAGAUCAAGAGUUUCUUUCCCAAUGAGAGUACAAUACAUUCAGAUGAAAACUGCAAUGCCACCUUGCAAUCUAUUUUUCCCCAAAAGGCUGCAUUUCCUAGCUUGGAGAAUCUGGAACUUGGUGGAUUGCCAAAUGUAAGUGACUUGUGGUGCAGCGAAAUUUCGACCGAAUCAUUCUCUAAAUUAAGAUUCCUCAAGGUGGAAGACUGUCACGGAUUAGUAAGAAAUGUUGUUCCUGCUCAUAUAUUAAAAAUGUCACCCAAUCUAGAAGAUGUGGAAAUAUCUAACUGUGAUUUGGUGGAAGAGGUAUUCGGAUAUGUAGGCCACCAAGGAGAUCCCCUUGAAAACAUAAGAACAAUAAUUGUUAGAUGUUGUGACAGCUUGGGAAAUAUGUUCUCUCCUUCCAUCGCUAGAUGUCUUGUGCAUCUUCAAGAACUAAUAAUAGAUGAUUGCAAAGCUAUGGAAGCAGUAGUUGCAAAUGAGAAUGAGGAACAAGACGGAGGAGAGAGGAUUUAUGUGCCUCUGUUCCCUCAAUUGAAGCGUUUGAAACUCCGAGAUCUACCUUCACUCAGGAGGUUUUGCCAUGCUAUUCAUGACUGGGAAAUGCCAUUUUUAUAUCAUGUGGAAGCCCUUAAUUGCCCUGAAAUGCGGACUUUCUCUCCUGGAUUCGUGCAUACCCCAAAACUACAGCAUGUAAAAGUUGAAGAACCAAAUUGGUGGAAUGUGGAAGGAAAUCAACCGGAGUCCAACUGGAUAGAUGAUCUCAAUACGACCAUACAUCACCUUUUUGAGAAGGUAUUUGUUCCUGCGGUUAACUUAUACUUGCUACACUUGACGACCACCAACUCUUCUUUUUCUCUUACAUUAAGUAUAUUUUCAGAUAAUCUUGAUCAGGAAAAAAAAUUAAAUAACCAAAUGUAAAGCCAUAUUUUGUUGAAUUUGAUAAUUGGCACUUACAAGCUUUUGGUAGGGGAGAACCAAAAAUGUUCCAUUUUUAAAAAUGAAAAUGUGACUGCUAGAAAAUUAUAGAGCAUUUUGCCAAUAGCUUUUACAAUAAAAAGCUGCAUCUACAGUAAGUUUGUAAAACAUAUUUUUGCUUUUACAGUUUACUGUCUUAGUUUAUAAGAUUUUAAAUACAAAAGUUCCUUUUACUAGUUAAGUCUCUCCGAAUGUGGACUCACCACAUGGGGUUCACUCUUAAAUUACUUAACUAAAGCACUUCUGUGUUUUAAAAUUUUAAAAUAUUGAAUCUUGGCUAGCAGUAGUACUCCACAAAUGAAAGCAACAAUUUGUUUUCUUUCUUUUUCCCUUUCUGACUUACGAGGGUGUCUUUGCAUACAUAAUGUGAAGCGAAGUCCUAAAUCAGCUCAUUACUAAAAUAAUGUUCAAGUAGAUAAGUAGUAUAUAAGUAUGAGGGCACCUUCACCACAAUAGCUAGCUUUUGGAGUUGAGUUCUACCCAAGACUGUAUAAAAUGGUAUCAGACGUGGAGUACUCAGGGAUGGUUUGGUUGUGUGUCCCUGGCCAGCACGUGACAAGGGUUGCCGAGUGAGCAUUUUGUACGUGAGGGUGUGAAGCGAAGUCCCACAUUACCUCAGUGCUAAAGUAAUGUAAGUAUAUAAGCGUGAGGGCACCUUUACCUCAAUAGCUAGCUUUUGGUCUUGAGUUCUACCCAAGACUGUGUAAAUAGUAUCAAAGUCAGAGUAUCUAUGGAUGGAUAAGGUACAUGUCCAUGGCCUACAUGCGUGAGGAAGGGUGUGAAGCAAAAUUCCACAUCGCCUAGGGACUAAAGUAUGAAGUUCAUAAGGAGAAGUGAGAUAUAUAAAGUUUUGGGGUUGAGUAUAUGUGUGACGGCUCCCUCACCUCAAUAGCUAGCUUAUAUAAAAUGUGAAGUACUCAACCAAAAAUUCGAUAAACGGAGGUUUCAUAUCAAGUUUGAGAUUGUUUCUGUCACGACCCAAACCCACCCCUAGAGGUUUAAGCCAUGACCAGCCAGUAAUCCUAGAUUACUCGGCCUCAAAGACAACAAAUAA